AUGUCGGAAGACGAAGAAUCAAAGAGAGUAUCUGUCCAGGUAUCAUCUUUGUCAACGCAAUUGAUCGAAAGCAUUGACAAACAGUCACUGUUGGAAGAACAGCUGUUAGCAGCGAGGAAAGUGAUCAAUGGCCAGAAAGCUUCGGUAGAAGCGUUCGAAAAUUUAAAAGAGCAACUUUUGCAAACCAAGGAUGAUUUGAAGGCCGAAAAGGCUCAGAAUGCCAAGACUCGUGGUCUACUGAAAAAUGCGGAACAGGACAAAGAUUUAGCACAAGCAGAGGCCGAUCGUUUAAACAAGGAAGUCGAGGAUCUCACUGCAUCGCUUUUUGAUGAAGCUAACUCCAUGGUAGCUGAUGCACGGAAAGAAACUCACAGUAUCAAGGUCAGAAAUGACAGACUGACCGAACAACUGCAAGAAAAGGAUACGCUACUUGAAACUAUGAAGAUCCAAUUGAAGAAUCUCAAAGGUGUUUUAUACAGCCUGGAGCAAGAGCAGAGCGCGGUAUUGACAUCUAACCGCAACUCUGUUGUGGCCAAUGAAUCAGGAACGCUGUCUAGCGGUCCUCUCGAAAACACGAUGAAUGCCCUGACUGGAACCUUGUCAACGUCUGAUACUGUGAUCUUCUCCCCUUACUUGAAGUCCUUGAGGUAUGAUUUAAGUCUGUACAAUGAGUUUCUGAAGUUCGUGGCUGUGCUCCCCGAGUGCUCUUCGAUAAAAGAUACCACGUCGCGGUCGAAACUUCUUAGACGGCUGGUAAACGAUGAAAUUCAGCCAAUGUUGCGACUAGACAAUGCUAGUGGCGUAGGGUGGUAUGUGAGGCGUAACUUAAUGAAUCUCAUGAUGGAGGGAAUGGUAAUUAUUGAGCCCGUUAGUGGUAUCAACGAGACUUAUCGUUUGGGCCACGGCGCCAAUUCAGCGGUCAACUCUCCGCAGCUACCAAAAUCAGACAAGUUCAAAGACCCCCACCUCUACAACUACCCCGCAGAUUCACCACCCAUUGCCAUUCAGGAUCCAUGCGCUUUUUGCUCCGAAGGCCGUAAUGACAUUUUGGAGCACGGCCGGUUGUAUCUACUCAAGACUUUACAGAAAAAUGAAGAUGGUACAAUUACCCCCAAUGCGCAAUUCCCACUUUGCCAUUACUGUCUACUCAAAAUUCGACAGACUUGUGAAAUCUUCGCGUUUUUGAGAUUGCUGAAAAGCGGCGCUUGGCAUCUUGAAGACUUGUCAGAAUAUCAUCAGACACAAGUUGCGACAGAUGCGCCAUUAUUUACUGGCAAAGCACCGGACAGCCCCAGUCUUGACAACAGAUCAAAACGAGCAACUUUCAUGGCAGGACUGUCUAAAACUCUACCAUCAAAGGGCUCCAAUGCCCCCACAAAGGUCCCAGCAAUUUCGUCACAGAGUGGAAAUCCUUCGACUAACACGCAACGAGCAUGGGCUCAACUUUGCAAACUACGAGCAUCAUUACACUGGGCUCACAUUGGUAUCUGGGCAUUGGAAGACAGCUUAGAAUCCAAAAUUGGACCUGUCGCAACGGAAUCUCCCGAGAAUUCACAGCCAAUCCUUACGUCAGAUAGUUUGCGGAAGCGUGAAACUCGGGAUUCUUUCACUAUCCACAAGUCAGAGUCACCCGCGAAUGACGAAAACUUUGAUUUCGAAAUGUCAGACAACGCCAAGCUCAAGAAUGCUGGAAAAGUCUCUAGAGGCGGAUCUGUUAAAUCCACACCACAUGGUGAUGUGCCAAACUUGUCGGAGGGCGACCAUACAAUAGUCGAAGAAGCGUCACGAAACUCUCAAUUGCAUGGAAAUGCUUACGCUGAGUCUAAGGAAUGCCCCUCGCCUGAUGGCACUGAUCAAGUGCAUCCUCUAUCUGAAGAACUAGAGACUAACGAGGACCAAGAUGCGGUGAAGAUGAAAAUUGAGCCCAUCCAAAAUGAAGAAGCUGUACCUCCUGGACACUCAGGAAGGCAUACCAGCUCAGUCACUUCCGAUGCUACUGACCCAAAAGGUGGAGAAGAAUCCCAAGUUCCAGAAAAUGUACCAUCCUUAACGGCUGAUUCAAAUUCCGAAAAAGCCAAACUGGAAAACUCGUUUUCCGACAGCAAGCUACAAAACACGACCGAUGACGAAGAUGCAGCUUUCGAUGAUGCUCACAGUACGGUCUCCUAA